AUGGUUCGCAGAAGCCAGCACCUCAUAGAGCAGGGAUACUACGGUCCUGACGGGAAACCUGUGGUGAACUACAGGGAAAACCUGCAGACUGUUUUCAAGAACAGAAAAGUUCGUUCUGAUCUUACGGUCGCGGCUCAAGAGAAAACCACAUCCGUCCAACGCAUUCUGUCUGGCUCGUUUUGCUUGCGCGUCUUCCUUUUUGUGGUCUUUAUGUAUUUAUCUUUAGCAACCCCAUGUGAUAGCUUUAGCUUGCGCUCUGCCCCACAGACUGUAGUCUAUAGAGCUACUAUAGGAGAAGACGUCCAUGGAGCAACUAUAAAAGACAGCCUUGUUCUGAAAUCUCAAUUUACAAACACGGAGAAGAGGAGGAUCCUGCCGGUGGAAGAUUCACUCUGGAACUUUGCGCUAGGGGGUAUGGGGGCUCACGUCAUUUUGAGUUGGACGUCGAAAACCGCACCUCGCAGAGUGCGAUCCACAAGUAGAGGGUUCGAGGUCAGGGCUCCGGACAGCGUACUCCGAGGGAAGGGUUCCGCACUGGUGCCGGGGGAGUUCUGGCCGAUGCAGGGGUCGUCAGGGCAGCUGUUUAUUGUUCUGCCCACUCACAUCCACAUCUCACACGUUACAAUCGGACACAUUACCGCGGAGCAGUCUCCCAGCGGUGGCAUCCCCUCUGCUCCAAAGCACUUCAGGGUCUAUGGCCUGAGCCAGUAUUACGGGGAGGAGGUGCUACUGGGGACCUUUGUGUAUAAGGAGAACAGGGGUUCGUUUCAAAUGUUUGAGGUUUCCAAACACAGAGACCUGGCCUUUAAGUACGUUAGGCUUCAGGUGGACAGUAACCAUGGCAACAAGCCUUACACCUGUCUCUACAGCGUCAGGGUUCACGGAGACAUUCCCUCCGACCCUACACCUUCUGUGUAA